AUAUAUAUAUAUAUAUAUAUAUAUAUAUAUAUAUAUAUUUCUCUCAGCCGAGGAGCUUUUGGCUCAGUGAUACGCGAGGGACUUAGUACAUAUAGGUGUGCGUAGAAGCAAGGAGGGAGACGACAGCAAAGACGAAUUAGAAUACAAUGGACGGGCCAGUUUGAUGGAGGCUAGAAACCGACACGAGACUCUGUCAGUUGUCGCUGGUUCUCCACGGUGGUUGGGCGGGUCGGAGGGCCUCUUGAAUUCCCGAAGACUCCCGACGCGGAUGGAACAUCCCGCGUGAGAUAAGCUCUGCACUGCUGCUUCGUAUCGACGUGAAUCUACCAAGAGGAGAUAGUUAUUUAGUGCGACGUUGAGAUAAGACACAGUGCCCAAAUCGCAGGACUUUGAGAAGGAGUUUGCGUGGACAAUAAUCGGGCAUCAUCAUGGCGACUAUUAUCAGAGAGAUCAUGAGGGGGUACCGCUACAUGAACGAGGAAAUCGCAGAUCCCAGAACGAAAGAUUGGUUCCUCAUCGGAUCGCCAUGGCCGGGUUUGGCGCUUUUGGGUUUUUACUUGCACUUCAUAUACAGGCUGGGUCCUAGCUUGAUGGCCAACAGGCCACCGAUGAAGCUGGAGCUCGUUAUACGAAUAUACAACAUCGUGCAAAUAGUCUUAAGUAGUUAUCUCUUUUACAAGGCCUGCAUACUGGGAUGGCUAAAGGAUUACAACUACUCGUGCGAACCAGUCGACUACUCGGACACUCCGAGAGCCGUCGAGAUUGCCGGCACAGUGUAUCUAUACUUCAUCGUGAAAAUCAUUGACCUCCUCGACACGGUUUUCUUCGUUCUCCGAAAGAAACAGAACCAGAUCUCUUUCCUUCACGUUUACCAUCACACGGGUAUGGUCAUGGGUAGCUGGGGCGGCGUCAAGUACCUGGCUGGAGGUCAUGCCACAUUCUUAGGUCUAAUAAAUUCGUUCGUGCAUGUGAUCAUGUACACACACUACCUGGUGAGUUCGUUCAAGAUCGCGAACCCCUGGUGGAAGAAGUACAUCACGCAGCUCCAGCUGAUCCAGUUCUUCCUCAUCCUCGUGCACUUCUCGCAGCUGCUCUGGACCGAAGACUGCGGCUUCCCACGCUGGCCGGCGGCCAUCUUCAUACCCCAGAAUAUCUUCAUGAUUGUCCUCUUCGGGGACUUCUACUACCAGACCUACGUCAAGAAGAAGCCGCAGAAGAAAGUCGCGGUCGAGCAGAAUGGACAGGCCAACGUCGAGUCGUCCAACGGAAAAGCCAAGAAUCAGUAAUUCGAUGCUGUAGGUGGACGACACUCGAGAUAGGUGUCCAGUACGGAUUCUCAGAUCUCGGAUCAUUCAGAGCCACUGAGAGACACCCCGUUGCUGUCGACGACGAUUUUUCAAAGCUUUGCUUCUGCUUUGCACUGCGGACGGAAUCGUCGUUUACAGCAACUCCGGGCAAUACCAUUGCUGCGAACAGUGAAUUAAGACUUCGAUCGCUUCGCGGAUGUAGCCGCGCAUUGUUUCAUCAAACCGAUCUACAACAUGUUCUCUCCCUCAUACGCGCAUCUCGUCGAUACACUUGUCAAUUCUCUGAUCCUAUCGGAGAAGCAGAGGAAGAUAGCCGCCAGCGAGUCGCACAAUUUUCACGAACUACACCCAGAAGAUGCUUCAUUUGAUACUGCGAUUCUCGCAGGCUUUCAUUCAUAAUGUUAAAUAGUAUACGCUGGUGCCUUCCGAAUGAAAGACUUUUCUGGGUGUAGAGUCUCGAUAUUGUGUAUAGUCCCAAAACACUAGACUGAUAACGAUACUAAUGAGCGUUUUGGAUGUGAAAUACACUGUGUGCAAUACGAUCAUUUAUGCUGCUUGUGUGCAUCGAUUAAUGACACAAUGUCACUUAAUAUUCGCGUUGUGCAAGUCAAUGUAGACUCGAGCUGAGUGAACUGAAUUGAUUGAUACACCUGGCUAAUUUCGAAAUGUGUGUCAAAGAAUUCAAAUGAAGAUAAUAUAUGUAUAGAGCCGAGAGUGCCUGUUUAAUUUUUGUAUACUUUUCAAACGAUACUUAUAUAUUGUUGCACUUCGAGUACGUGAGUCUGAAUGAAAAUCUUGAUUGCAUGAUUUUUUUUUUGUUAUUGUUGUAAAUCGUACUUAAGUGUAAUGGAGCGUUGUUUGACAUCUUUAGUUUUUUGUAAACUGUAUACUAGACUUUACGCGCAAACUUGUUCUCGUUGAUCCAUCGUUUGUCCACGACACUGUAUCAUUACUGAUUUCGAGACGACGAAUUGCAGUCUAAUGUAAUAAACGUCAAGUGCCAUCUUUGUAUACAAUAGGAACUAGUUGUGUAACCACGAAUGAGACGCGAGACGCUAUUUUGUUGAAAUCAAAAAAGUAAUUAAGGCAGUAUGUUAAUUAAAGAUCAAAAUAAGUAUGUGAAAUUUGUAGAUUUAAUAAUCUGCAAUUUAAGAUAUUAAUCACAAAAAAUGUCUUAUCUUUAAAAUCUAAUUGUAAUAGUUAUCGCUAAGAAAUAUACGUUUAAAAUUAAAUUAAAUUUGAUAAAGCCCAAAAAAGCCUCAUAUCGAAAUGCACAUAGUUGGAAUCGAGAAAAACACCAAGUUAUGACAUUGUAAACACGUUACGUUUGAACAUAUUUGAAUGUCAUCCGUUAUGCCUUACAUUUAUCAAAAUGCGUUGACUGCUAGUCUGAACUUUCAGAAUCAACGAUCGUUGGGUUAAAGACAUAAAAAUCAUUCGAUGACAUAACUGGUCUAUGAAAAGAGUUUGGUCAUAGACACGAUGGAGAAAUUCUCGAUCAUAUAUUAUCUUUAAUUGAUUUCUUUGUUUACCAAAAAAUCUAUUGAUUGUGCUUGCUGACCUUUGUUUCCUCCGCAUUCAUUCUCCCAUUGUAUUUAAUUAAAUGUUCAUUCACCUAUCACCUCACUCAAAGGACUAAGCAUCGAUCAUGUUAUAUAAAUACUUGCCAAGCUGUUUUAAACACGGAAUAUAUAUCUUUAUACUGAACGAUAAGAGCUUCUUUCUAGUUACAAACAGUGCUAUAUAAGAACAAAUUUACUGUUGAUCUAUAAGAAUUAUGUUAUGAUUAAUCAAUUUUAUAAAAAUAGUGUUUAACCUCGA